CUGGAACUGACGAGUGGACAGUUGCUGUUGAUCUUCAUAGUAUACACUUUUACAGGUGAUCCGGUGAACAGAGUCGGAGAGCAAGAGUCGAUCAAGUGAGACCAAAAAGCUCCUUUUUCAUAACAAUGUACGUAGCAACUGCAAUACUAUUGGCUGGUUUGUCGGUUAUCGCCAGUGGAUUUCCGGAUGGCGCGCCGGUGGACAGUUGCGUCAAGCCCAGGCCGAAUCAGCCGUACCACGGCCAAGCCAGGCCCCAGCCCCUGGCUUCCAACCCCUACCGGCUGAUCGCCUCGACCGACCACUACGAGCCUGGGUCGCAGAUUACUGUGAGGAUCCAAGGAGCUGACUUCAAGGGCUUCUUCCUGCAGGCCCGUGACAUAAGGACGAGCGAGUGGGUGGGCUCGUGGGCCAAGACACCCAAUACCAACGCCCACGCGGAGUGCAGUGCCGUGACCCACGCCGAUCCCCGUGACAAGCAGUUCGCCACUCUCAUCUGGAAUGCACCGCUCAACGCCCGCGGCACCGUUUACUUCACGGGCACCGUACUAAGGGAUUACUCGACUUUCUGGUCUGACAUUGUUUCGGAGGUUGGCCAGUGAGCGUACAUGG